CACAGAUCCGCGACCCGACUCCAAGCCUGGGCAAAGAUAGUUCGGCAUGCCAUUUCCUAUAGAAGAGUGGUACUAUGAAGUACCGGUCAUCACACGGACAUAUGUUACCGCUGUGGUGUUGACCACCCUUGCCUGCCAACUGGAUCUCGUGUCGCCCUUUCACCUUUACUUCAACUGGACGCUGAUAUGGCGAUCCAGACAAUGGUGGCGACUUAUCACAAGCUUCCUGUACUUUGGAAACUUUUCGCUCGACUUCCUCUUCCACAUGUUCUUCCUCGUCCGAUAUAGCCGUAUGUUGGAGGAAGGCUCUUUCCGUGGGAGGACGGCUGACUUCCUAUGGUUUCUAUUAUUUGGAAUGCUGGCAACAAUCGGCAUGUCGCCUCUACUCCCUGCUCGUACCUCCAUCCCGUUCCUCUCUUCUCCUCUAACUUUCAUGCUCGUUUACGUCUGGUCACGACGAAAUGCAUUCAUUCGAAUGAACUUUCUGGGGAUCUUCACUUUUACUGCUCCGUACCUGCCAUGGGUGCUACUCGGGUUUACCAUCCUCCUGAACAACCAAUGGCCGGCAGGCGACCUCAUGGGGCUGGCUGUGGGGCAUGUAUACUAUUUUCUCGAUGAUGUCUAUCCGAGAAUGGAGAUCUCUGAAGGACGAAGGCUUCUCCGCGCCCCUGAGUUUUUAAAGAGAAUGAUUGAGAUAUAGGACUUUAUUUCUUGCAGACCAUGUGAGUAUUCUACCCUCUGCAAGACUAGACUUUAUUGUCCACAAUUUGUCCAUGGUAUGCAGAAAAUCUUUAGCUGCCAAGUUAUCCGGACCUUAUACUGCACACCAAUUAUAACGAAAGGACUUGGGAGCAAAUUCAAUAAAAAGAUAAUUCUAUAGCA